AUGGAAUGUAAACUGCAGUACCAGUUGUACUUUAUAGUAGUUGCAGUCCUUUCAGAGAUGCAGCUUUCUUCAGUUCCCUUUCUAAGGAAGAAGAUGGACUAUGCCAGGGGAGAUCCUUUGUGUCUCAGGCUCUACAGUAGCAAGAGAAAGGAGGGCUAUGCUACCUACAUAUAUAAAGUCGUAAAGCAAACUCAUCAAGCCUCAGGGGUCUCCUGCUGGGUUGCUGAUGUCAUAAAUUCUCUGGAUAAACCACAGUUGUUUGGGAAAGUUGCAUUAGAAGCUGCCAGGUUGUCUCUCCACAACAAGAGAAGCCUCAUUACCUGUAGGGAGGUCCAUGCUGCAAUGAAGUUAGUGCUUCUGCAUGAGCUCUCCAAGCAAGAUAGGUGUGAGACCAUCAAAGCUGUGAUGAAGUCCAUUGGCUGUAAAUGAACUAUUAUUAAUAUGUAAUGGUUUUAAUGCUUGUGGUGAUUUAAUGUAUAAUAAAGUAUUUGUAACUAUU